AUGAGUUUUGAUCAAUCACAACUACCAUCCAACAUUAUAUACUCCGGAUCCGAUAUCUGGCCCCCAGGGGAAAAGCAUCAGUUACCAAAUUCUUCUUCUGGGCCUUUUGGACCUGUCAAUGUCAGGUUUUACAUAAUCAGGGCAUUCACACACGUUUUUCAGUCCGCAAAAGGAACAAACAUUUCCAACAUCGUUCUUAGAUUUAUGCAGGAAGAAGAUAGUGAAGUUUCAAUUACAAUGAACGAGGUCGUUGAUGAUGAUGAUGUUGUGGCGAGAGAGGAGAAAGAAGAAGAGGAGGAGGACGAAAACGUUGUGAUUGUGGCUGUUUGUUUGUUCUAAAUUCGGUGCUAUCCUUACCUGAGCUUUCAUCCUAAUCAACCUUUCCUCUAUAGUUCUGGUUUUGAUUCUUGUUUAUUUUUUGACUUGUUGCUUUUUUUUCUUCUUGUAGAUUUGAUUUUCUUGACCUUGUAAGACCUAUUCUUGACCUUGUAAGACCCAACCACAUCUUCUAUCUCCUUACCUUUUGUUGUCGUGUGGACCUUAGAUCACUGUAAGUUGAUUAAAGGUCUUUUCACUAUCUUUCUUCGUUCCCACCCAACUCACGUUCUCCUUCCUUGUCUAUCCCUUCUGAGCUUUUUUUUUUCUCAUUAAAGAGAGAUACUUAAGGGCUAUGUUUCAUGGCAGAAACAUAUCCCAUUUUUUUUACCUUUCAGUAGCAGACAAAAAGAAACCUAAUUCUUCAUUUUCAUCAACAAGAACAAACCCAAAUCCUCCAUAUCAACCAGCAUCAAGAGUCCUGUGUCUGUUAAGCCAGCAUGCUAACAAAGAAGAAAACCUAGAAUAUGGUAGCAUAUAUGAUAUAUUUUGAAGAUCUACAACCUCUUUCAAUCAUUGUUUUUAUCAUGUUAUGGGUCAAUUAAAGUGAAAUAGAUUCACGAUGCCAAUGUGUUUUUUGGUUUUUGUUUUUUUGAUUUUUAUACAUGUAUGUGGUACUUUAGUUGGUCAGUCCAAGUGCUUCAGCCCAUCUCUUAAACACACACACAUACACACAAUACAUGCACAUGUGUGUGUGGGUGGCAGUAAUUAUUCCGGUAGGGCAUCCAUGUUUGAUUGGAUUAUUUGGGCAGAAAUCUCUAUGGGUUCUGUGUUAGUUGUUUUAUAUGUUUGUUUAGAAACUAAAAGAAGUAUAAAGAGAAUAUUGUACUAAAAAAUUCAUAGCAUAAAUUUAGGUAAUUAACAAAAAACAAAAACUAGUAUUUUAAAGUUGACAGAAGCAAAAACUGUCUAAUAUCAGGUUUUAAGGACAAUUUAAGUG